CUUGAAGCAGCAGCGCAUGUAAAACUGUUCUGAAGUCGCCAAUUACUCGACGUUGCACCCGCCCGACGACAACCCUGGUUGUCAUAGAACAUGCCACCUAGACGGGCUCGAGUCCCUGCAACUCUCGAGAGCCGCAUCAAGCAAGGUCUGCAAUACUUUGCUGACCUGCGCGAAGACACUGCAGCAGACGUUGCCCGUGCCGAGGACCUGGAGGACGCACUCCUUGAAGCUGACGUGAACAUUAUCAGCAAUACUGGAAUUCUGAGCGGCAUUGUGGCUGCGCACGGAUGGGCCGCGCGUGCGCUUGCCGUUGACGUGCUGAACGACUCGGCUUACGUCGCUUUUGUCGCGACCGCAACUAAGCUAAGAGAACUGCUGAGCAGCCAGCCGGGCGACCCAGUUUGCGACCGGCAGGACCGGCUGGUCCGAGCCCUGCUGAGGGCGGAUACGCUGGCCGUGUACGCGAGGUUGUGUGUGCGGACACUCGCGCCCACCCGCGGGGCCGCCGCCCGCCGCAGCCUCCGGACACCGGAUGCAGUCAAGCGGGACCUGGUAUGGCGUGUCCUCAAGAGCCUCUCCACGAUCGCCCGGUUUGUGGACAACAGCCUGAGGCAGGAGCUCCUCACGGCGCUGGCGCACACGCAGCUGCUCGAGCACGCCGCGCGGGCGCUGCUGCAUGCCGCCCAGUCCAUUCAGCCCGCAUCCAGCGCAGGAACUUCAGGGGCGGCUGCAGCUUCCGGAACGGGGCUUUCAGCUGAGAGCUGGACAACCUUGUCGGCCGCAGCAACCAUAUUUGCCCACUUGCUUCCGUGCCUGGUGGGCACAGACCUGGCCAUUGCUGCGCUGUGCCCACGGCCCCGGGCAUCUGUAGAGGCGUCGCAAAAUUUGAGGCAGCUACAACUGCUGGAGCAGCUGCGGCCGCUGCUGGCUGGCCGCUGCGUGCAGCUCUGCGCGGGGUGGGCGGGCCUGUGUGCGGCCCUGACCCUGCAGCAGCAAGGGGCAGCGGACGGCAGCGCUCCGCAGAGCUUGUUACCAACUGCGUCGCAGCUGUGGCACGGGCUGCCGUCGGAGCUGAUGCGGCUGCUGCAGCUGCCGCCGCAGGCCACUGUGUCAAGGCCAGAUAUGGUGCGCGCAGCGACCGUGGUAUGUGUGUUCGUCAUGCAGGUGACGGUCAGCGGCCCCUGCGACCUGGCCAUCGCCCAGCCGCCCGUCGGUUACGACCGCCUGCCGCACAGGCAGCCGCAGCCGCAGCGAUCAUCGGCAAGGCCAUCGGCGGGGUCAGCAGCAGCGGAGGGGCCAGCUGCAGCACCGGCACCAGCUUCGUACAGCGCCGUAAACGCGUACCGCCUGCUAAGGGAGUUAUGGUGUGGCCUGGCAUGUGACAGCGGCAGGUGCAGGCCCACCAUGUUUAUGGUCGCCAAAGUAAUGGCCCGGCUGCUGACGGAGCUGCGGCCGCGGCAGGCGGCAGUGCUGCUGCCGAGUUGGUGGCAGCUGCUGGCGCAGGAGCCGUCUAUGCUCUUUCAGGAGUGCAGGCUUGCGCAGGACGCAGGGGAGCUGCUGCGUCUGCAGCUAAAUGCGCCGCCGCCGGCCGCGUGGGCUGCUGGGGUGACGGAUGCAGCUUCCGUGGCUGCGGCGAGUGUAGACUGGCCGCCGGAACCGGCGGAGGUAAAGAACACGGAGGCGGCGAUAGCAGCGAACGCAGCAGCCAGCCUGGCGCGUGAGAGGGACCCCAGCUACAGCCUCCGCUGCGCGCUGGACGCGGGGCUGCUGUCAGUUAUGGAACGGUGCCUUCGCGCGCCACAGGCCUGGCGGCAGUCCGACAGUGUGAGCAAGCUGCUGUACGUCGUGAACUGCGUGCUGCGCUACUCGGGCGUGUGGCCCGCGGUGCUGGCUCGCGGUCCCUUGCAGCAGGCGGUGUCGCUGAUUGCCACGCUGGGCGCAGCAGCUCGGCUGCUGCAGGAGAAGGACACGUCACUGGACGUGAUAAGCCGUGCCUCCCAGCCUGGCAUGCAAACAACGGCAAGGUGCGGCGCCGGCGGCUACCUGUGUGCCUACCUGUCCGCAAUGCUGGAGCAGGUCGUGGACGUGCGGGCGCUGCGCGAGGGCGCACAGCAGCAGCAGCAGCAGCAGCAGCAGCAGCAGCGGGAGAAGCAGCAGGCAGCAGCCAUUGAUGCUACGGCCGCAGGCCCCAUCCCUCUGCACCUCAACUCGGUGCUGGAGAAGGCGGUGGAUUCGAAGGACGGCAGUGUCAAGCCCUCCACGUUCUCCAUCGCCUGGAUGGCGGCGGCGGGCGGCCUGCCGGCUGCCGGCUCCACAGCGUACCGGCAGCAGCAGCUGCUCACGAGCUUCGCGUUGUACCAGUGGCUGCCCAUGCUGGCAAAGGCAACGGAGGAUGCCUUGUGCAGUGAGGCGGGCGCCGAGCGCUGGCUGUCGCAGGCGCUCCUGGUGGGGCACUUGGUGAUGGAUGUGCUCUGGCGCGAGGAGCGCCCGCCAGCUGAAGCCGACGAGGGCGCUGGCUCACGCAACCGACGACAGGACGCGGCAUGGUGGGAGGGAGUGACGCAGACUGGCCAGCUUGCGAAGAGCAUGCACAAUAUUGUGUACUUGCUGGCAACAGACGCUGAAGGGGUGGUGCUUGAGCACUGUGAACAGUGGCAGCAGGCAGCCGUGUUGGACCUGUUGCAAUCCUACUGGACACGCUUUGCGGAGAUGGCGCGUGUCACGAUACGUGCGCGAGCAACACGGGCGGCCGAACAGCAGCAGCUGCGGCAGCAGCAGGCGGAUGGAAAGCAGCAGGCUGGGCAGGCGGCGGAUGGCGGGGCGGGCAGCAGUACGAGCAGCCUCGGCGACACCGCAGCCCAGCAGCAGCAGGCGCCACCGCCCGAGCUGGUGCUGCAGUGCUUGACGCCGCUGCCGGUGCAGCAGCUGGCAGUGGCGCACGGGCGGCAGGGCAUUGUGGAUUACCUGGACGCAGUCACCGCGGGUUUGAGAGAGGAGUUGUUGAUUGAGUGUGGAGGUGCCGGCGCCGGGGGAAGCGGCAUGGGGGUGCAAGGGCCCGCCAACAGGGAGGGCGGCGCUAGCGCCAAGGUGGAUAGGCUGAGUGCGAAGUGGCAUGGCGCCGUGCGGCCGCGGUACCCGUGGCUGCUGUCUGAAUGCCAGGUACAGGCGGGGCUGCAUGACCUGAUGGUCGCAGAGGCGGCGGCUGCAGCAGCAGCUACUGCUACGGGCGAGCCCGCAGCAGCCUGCGGUGGCGGCAGUAGCAGGAGCAAGAGCAGGAGUGGGCAGGGCAGCAGCAGCGAUGGGCCGGUGUUUGAGCACAAGCUGUGCUACAACCCGCGCUGCUGCUCGCUGGACGGCCCCAGCGCGUUGGUUGCGCCCCGCGGCGGCAAGACGUGUGUGCGGUGCCGUGCUGCCACGUAUUGCUGCGGCGCUUGCCAGCUUGUGGACUGGCGUGAGCGGCACUCUGGCACCUGCAGUGGAGCCGCCGCGGCGACGGCAGGGUCAGCAGGGACAGCGAAGGCAGCGCUGAAGGAGGCAUGAACUGCAAUAGCGGCGUAUCCUGGUCGUCUGCACGCAUGACGCGGGAAUAGGUAGGCAGGCUAUGCGGCGGCCGGGAGCGAGGGGCCCGAGGACUGUGUCGGUAUGUGACGUUGAAUGUGAGACAGUGUAUCUGUUGACAACAGAACCAUCCAUGCCAUAUGUUGUAUUGUGGUCAGGGCACACUAUAGAGCUGCACCACUCUGUAUUUUAUUGCCGUUAGGGUGGAAAACACGUUUUUGAUUGGGGCCGCGAGUGUAGACAUUCUGGCGCAGAUUUGGCGGUAUCUCCUGACGUUUGAGGGGGUUGAGGGGCUUGUCCCCUAGGGAAUUGUUUCCGGGCGUACAUGCCGCGGGAGAGGUCAUCUACGCUCUGUAGACGCCGCGGGCCUGGGGGCAUCUACGAGAUACGGGCACUCAGUGUACGGGCCCUUGUCCUGGACCAUGCUGUACGUUUGACCGUUUCCGGUGUGUGCGGCGGGAGGGGUUCUGUGCCCGGGCCCAAUGAAAGAGGGGGGGCAGAUCCAGGAAUGGAAAUGCACAGUGUGGUUGUGUGGCAGCGUUUCGGCUGGGCGUGCAGCAUUGAAAACCCUCUUUGCAGGAGUGCAUCAGUGCGCGGUUGCUGUUACAGUGCCCUCCUCGGGUGCAACAUGCCCCCACGCUAUUAGGGCCAUCCGUGGCUCUCGCCAACGCCGCGUCCCCAGACGGGUGCAGGUUGGGGCAGGCUCAUGUAGUGCAACUAAGCAGGCAGGGGUACAAAUGCUUGGCCAGGGGUCGUAUCUUGUUUUCAGGGUGAUGUCUAGCUCCAGACAAAAACGGCCGGAUGGCCGCCGUCUUUUGUCUGGACACAAGGCGGUUUGGGGGCUUCUCCAUAGGAAUUUGGACAAAACCCGCCCCAAACCCGGGCCAACAAAGUCUCACCUCAGACAUUAGCCCCCGGGAGGAAUGUCUAGGAAACGGCCAAAAUGGCCGAUUAAUGUCUGGAGACAUUAAGAUAGGAGCCCU